GCCUGGUGCCUGGCACUGUCUGCAUGGCCGGCCCGGCAGCUGGCCUGGGAGCCGCUCCUCGCUCGCGUCGCCCUGAACAGACGCCUGCCAGAUGUGGCGUUGGGUGUCCGUGGGCAGGGGGACUCCAGCACCACAAGCAGCGCACCAUGGCAGCCGGCUUCUUCAUCAGCAAGACCCUGGGCAUCGUGAGCAUCGUCCUGGGCCUGGGCGCCGUGGCCACCAUCAUCGCCCUCUCAGUCGUGUACGCGCAGGAGAAGGAAAAUAAUGCAGCAUCCUCCUCGCCCAGCAUCACUUCCACCUCGGCCACCACUCCCAGCAAGGGCACCUCGGCCAAUGUGACCAACACAACCCCCCUGGCCUCCACGGCUGCCCCCGCCAACCCCUGGAACAACCUCAGACUCCCCCAGUCCCUGAUCCCGGAGCACUACGCCGUGACCCUGCAGCCCUUCCUGACCCCGGACACCGCCUCCGGCCUCUACAUCUUCAAAGGAAACAGCACCGUGCGCUUCUCCUGCCAGAAUGCCACCGACCUCAUCCUGAUCCACAGCAAGCAGCUCAACUACACGCAGCAGAGCGGCUUCCUCGUCUCGCUGCAGGGGGUGAAUGGCUCCAGCCCCCCGCCCAUCGCAAAGACCUGGCUGGAGACCCAGACCCAGUAUCUGGUGGUGCAGCUCCAGCGGCAGCUGGAGAAAGGCGAAAGCUACGAGCUUGUCAGCAGCUUCACGGGGGAGCUGGCCGAUGACCUGGCUGGCUUCUACCGCAGCGAGUAUGUGGAGGAUGGAGUGACCAGGGUCGUGGCCACCACGCAGAUGCAGGCGCCCGACGCGCGGAAAGCCUUCCCCUGCUUCGACGAGCCCGCCAUGAAGGCCAACUUCACCGUCACGCUGAUCCACAGCCCCAACCACACGGCACUGUCCAACAUGCCCGUGCAGAGCUCCAUGCAGCAGACCAUCGAUGGCACCACCUGGAACGUCACUGAAUUCAAGACCACCCCCAAGAUGUCCACAUACCUGCUGGCCUUCAUCGUCAGCCAGUUCGAGGCCGUGGAGGCCAUGCAGGACGACGUGCUGAUCCGGAUCUGGGGCCGGCCACAGGCUAUUGCAGCAGGGCAAGGGGACUAUGCACUCAACGUGACCGGGCCCAUCCUCAAGUUCUUUGAGAACCAUUACAACACGUCAUACCCACUGCCCAAGUCUGACCAGGUUGCCCUUCCAGACUUCAACGCAGGCGCCAUGGAGAACUGGGGGCUGGUGACGUACCGGGAGAACUCGCUGCUCUAUGACCCCCUCUUCUCCUCCAUCGGCAACAAGGAGAGGGUGGUGACGGUGAUCGCUCACGAGCUUGCGCACCAGUGGUUCGGGAACCUGGUGACCCUGCGCUGGUGGAACGACCUGUGGCUGAACGAGGGCUUUGCCUCCUAUGUGGAGUACCUGGGGGCGGACUCAGCUGAGCCUUCCUGGCACAUUAAAGACCUGAUAGUGCAGAGUGAGAUGUACCGCGUGAUGAAGGUCGACGCGCUGGCCUCCUCGCACCCGCUCUCCUUCCUGGAGAGCGAGAUCAACACACCGGCGCAGAUCAGCGAGGUCUUCGACUCCAUCGCCUACAGCAAGGGGGCGUCGGUGCUGCGGAUGCUCUCGGAGUUCCUCACCGAGGACAGCUUCAAGAAGGGGCUGCAGUCCUACCUCAAAGCCUUCAGCUACGGAAACACGGUCUAUGACGAUCUGUGGACUCAUCUGCAAAAGGUGGUGGUUGAAGACAAAAUUCAGCUCCCCACCACCAUCAAAGGCAUCAUGGAUCGCUGGACACUGCAGAUGGGCUUCCCCAUGGUGACCGUGGACACGAAAGUUGGCUCCAUUAGCCAGAAACACUUCUUACUGGACACGGAAUCCACUGUCGAGCGGCCCUCGGCGUUCAACUACACCUGGAUAGUCCCUGUCACUUGGAUGACGCAGCAGGAUGGGGCAGGACAGAUGUACUGGCUCAGCGAGACCUCAGCCAACAACCGAUCGUUUGUGGUGACUGGUGCCUCCAACUGGCUCCUGCUCAACAUCAACGUGACGGGAUAUUUCCGGGUGAACUACGACCAGGACAACUGGAACAAGCUGCUGACCCAGCUGGACCUCGAUCACCAGGCCAUCCCGGUGAUAAACCGAGCCCAGAUCAUUGACGAUGCCUUUAACCUGGCCAGGGCUAAACACAUCGGCAUCGUGCUGGCUCUGAAUACCACCACCUACCUGGACAAGGAGCGGGAGUACCUGCCCUGGAGCGCCGCCCUCGACAACCUGGGCUACUUCCGCCUGAUGUUUGACCGCAGCGAGGUGUACGGCCCCAUGCAGAAAUACAUCCGGAAGCAGGUGACCCCCUUGUUCCAGUACUUUGGAAACAUCACCUCCAACUGGACCAGGCUCCCGGACGGCUUGAUGGAGCAGUACUGCGAGAUCAACACCAUCAGCACGGCCUGUUCCCACGGGGUCCCGGAGUGCGCCCAGCUGGCGGCCGCCCUCUUCAACCAAUGGAAGCAAAACGCCAGCAACAACCCGAUCCCCCCGAACCUGCGCUCCUCCAUCUACUGCAGCGCCAUAGAGACGGGCAGCGAGGCGGACUGGGACUUCCUCUGGCAGAGGUUUAAAAACGCCACGGUGGUGGCUGAAGCCGACAAGCUCCGCUCGGCCCUGGCCUGCAGCAAGGAGCCCUGGAUCUUGAGAAGGUAUCUGCAGUACUGCCUGGAUCCCACCAAAAUCCGGAAGCAGGAUGCCACCUCCACCAUCAACAGCAUCGCCAGCAACGUGGUGGGGCAGAGCCUGGCCUGGGACUUCAUCCGGGGCAACUGGAAGACCCUUUUCAGCCAGUACGGCGGGGGCUCCUUCUCCUUCUCGGGCCUGAUCCAGGCGGUGACGCAGCGGUUUGCCUCUGAGUUCGAGCUGCAGCAGCUGGAGCAGUUCAAGGCGGACAACGCCGACGUGGGCUUUGGCUCGGGCACGCGGGCGCUGGAGCAGGCGCUGGAGAAGACCAAAGCUAAUAUCAGAUGGGUGGCAGAGAACAAGCAGACGGUGCUGAGGUGGUUUGAGACGGCAAGCAGCUGAGUGGGUGAACUCA